AUGGCUUCGGUGAAAGUGGCUGUAAGGGUUCGCCCAUUCAAUCAAAGAGAAAAGGACAUGGGCGCGAAAUUGAUUGUCCAGAUGGAGGGAAAGAAAACAAGAUUGCUCACUGUCAAAAAUAGCAAAGAGCAAAAUGACGGCAGUCGCGAGAAGUACAAGGACUUCACGUUCGACCAUUCAUAUUGGUCGUUCGCCAACGAUGACCCCAACUACGCGUCACAGGAACAGGUGUUCGGGGACCUGGGCCUGGACGUAAUAGACAGCGCGUUCGAGGGAUACAAUGCCUGCGUGUUCGCGUACGGACAGACUGGCAGCGGGAAGACAUUCACCAUGAUGGGAUCAUCUGAGUACCAAGGCCUAAUACCUCGUAUAUGUCGUCACCUGUUCUCCCGCGUCGCUGCCGGCAAGGAGUCAGGUUCCUCCUACCGCACAGAAGUCAGCUAUUUAGAGAUCUACAACGAGCGGGUCAAGGACCUCCUCGCUACUGACGCUGGUCACUCGCUGAGGGUCCGAGAGCACCCCAAGCUGGGACCCUACGUACAGGACCUGUCCAAACAUUUGGUGUCGGAUUAUGAUGACAUACAGGAAUGCAUGCACCGAGGCAAUCUCCACCGUACGACGGCAUCAACACAGAUGAACGACGUGUCGUCUCGCUCGCACGCUAUCUUCACGAUAACAUUCGUCCAGGCGAGCUACCUCAGGCAUAAUAACAUGCCCAGUGAAACUGUGUCUAAGGUGCAUCUUGUGGAUUUGGCUGGAAGUGAGCGCGCGGACGCGACGGGCGCGACCGGGCAGCGCCUGGUGGAGGGCGCGCACAUCAACAAGUCGCUGGUGACGCUCGGCUCCGUCAUCUCCGCGCUCGCAGAGUCCAGCCAGCCGCCGGAAGCUCGCCAGAAGGGUCAGAAGAAGGUGUUCAUCCCGUACCGAGACUCGGUGCUGACCUGGCUGCUCAAAGACUCACUCGGAGGCAACUCCAAGACCAUCAUGAUUGCAGCCAUAUCUCCAGCGGACUGUAACUACGGCGAGACGCUCUCAACGCUCCGCUACGCGAACAGAGCGAAGAACAUCAUCAACAAGCCGACCAUCAACGAGGAUCCCAACGUCAAGCUCAUCAGGGAACUGCGCGAGGAGAUUGACAAGCUACGUGCACAGAUUGCGCAUAAUACUGAUCCAAUAGAAACCGAGCCAGGAGUACUAGCAACUCUUCAACGCAAGGAGGCGCAAGAGAAAGUAUUGACUGAAAAAUGGACAGAAAAAUGGCGGGAAACGCAACAAAUAUUGCAAGAACAAAAGGCGCUGGGCCUGCGCAAGAGUGGAUUGGGGGUCGUUCUGGACUCCGACAUGCCCCAUCUAGUUGGGAUCGAUGAUAAUCUGCUAUCUACUGGCGUUACUUUGUAUCAUCUUAAGGAGGGUGAAACAGUGAUAGGUAGUGCGGAGCUAGUCCCGACCCCCGACAUCGUGCUGUCGGGCGCGGGCGUGCUGCCGCUGCACUGCCGCGUGCUGCUGGCGGCCGGCACCGCCACGCUGCAGCCCGCGCCCGGCGCGCAGUGCUGGCUCAACACUGUACUCAUUGACAAACCUGCUAAACUUAGCCAGGGUUGUAUCCUCCUCCUGGGUCGUACGAACAUGUUCCGCUACAACGACCCCGCUGAAGCCGCCAAGCUGCGUCAGGAGGGCAGUGCCUCCGUGAUGAACCUCUCCCGCCUGUCCCUGCUCUCCUGGUCCACCACCGACCUCGCUGCUAGCACUGAAAACCUUAAUACUACGUUGUCUGACUUGGAAAGUGAGAUACGUUGUGAACGUAUCGAGGCUCAGCGCGCGGAGCUGGAGAGGGAGAGGCAACAGUUCCUCAUGCAGCAGGAGGAGAGGCAGCGCCGGUGGCAUGCCGAGAGGGAGGAACUCAUACAGGCGCAGAGGAAACUUGAUGAGGAGCGUUCAGCAAUGGAGAGAGAAUACGCAGCGGCGUGUAGAAGGUUAUCAGGCGACUGGCGCGCUCUGGAGCGGGGCUGGGGACAACGACGUCGCGCGCUGCGCUGUCGGCAGAGGGAGCUGGCGUCGCGGGCCGCGAGACUCUCCGCGCUCAGUGAUACUCAUCGAACUGCAGCUGAGAGUGAGGAGGGUCGCGUGGCCGCGCUGCGCUCCCGAGUGGACGGCAAGAGGGCAGCACUCGACGACUACAUCAACACCAGUGUCCAGGAACUACUCGCUAAUGGAUGCACUUUAGAUGAGAGUUCGACACCCAGUCCGGACAGUCCAGCAUCAGAGACGAGCACGGAGAGCCUGAUGCAUCUGCUGCAGCAGUGCGAACCCAAGGUCGCCUCCAGCAUCAAGGAGACGGUCGACAGACAUAAAAAGGAGUUAUUAGAGUUAGAAGAAGAGCUGCAGAGUCGCGUAGCUUCAGUAGCGUCUCACCGCGUGAAGAUAGAGCGUCUCCAGGCCGAGCUGGCGUUACUGAGCACGCAGGAGCUCGGCCUGCAACAUGCGCUCGCCUCCGACCUGCCUGCCGCAGCCGAUACUAAUGGACUCGAGGGUUCUGGCUCCCCAUCCCCCCUGGAGGGGGUGAAGCGCAGCAAGUCUGAGCUGGUCCUCCGCCGCACUCCGAGAGAGGAGGUACUCGACCCACUCUCUGCUGACGAGAGGGAACACUACAGACAUCGGAGGAUAAACCUUAGUCUCAGCCUAGAUCCUCUAGCGUCUCCAAAUUCAACCCUGAACACGGAAGAAACGUUCCACACAGCUACGUCAUCUCCCAAGAAGUUCCCAGAAUGGGCCCCGGCAGAGGAUACCACACCCACGUCACCGGACACAACGGGCCCCGCCGCGCCCCCGCAGCCACAGUUCCGCUUGGGGCCCGUGCCCACUGCUGAUGAUAGUGAUGACAUGUCCAGCACUGAGGAUUAUCAUAAGCCUAGAAUAGUGGAGGGCCAGUCGUCUAGCUCCGUGGAGCGGUCGCCUGAGGAGCGGCAUCAGAGAGCCAAGUACAAAAGAAGGGUACCAGGAGAAGGUAAACCAGGUCGUCGUCAGGUGACGGAAGUAGAGGCGUUACGCGCCAUGCAGCGGUUGUGUUCCCGCAUCGCCUCGCAGAAGAUGCUCGUCAUAUCGUCGCUGGAGAACGACUGCUCCAAGGAGGAACUUAAUCGGCAGAUCGCGGUCCUACAAGAACUCCAAAAGAAAUACGUGCGUUUGGAGAUGGCACUCCAGUACUCGUUUUUCGACAAUCAGUCGCGGCGGCCCAUGAUGGUCACUCCCAUACAGGAGACUCCCUCCCUCACACUCUCCGAGAGCGACAUGCAGGUCGCUACUGAGGACCCGCCUACUGAGAACGGACAUGUUGAAGACCCAUUGUUGCACAGGUUAAAAGAACAAGAGCUAGAAGGGUCGGAUAACGUGUCGACGUCCAACGACGAGUUACCGGGAGAAACACACGAGCCGCCGUGGGAGGACCCGUUACGGUGUCGCGUCCGAUCCGAUUAUACCGAGUCCAACGACCGACUCGACCGACUCGAUCGGCGACUCGACAGAAUCGAACACUGUGACCGAGACCCGCCGGCCCGGGACAUAUCGUUACCUGAUCCCACGAUAUGUCCCGGUUUAUCACAUCCAAUAGAUUUCAGUGAAGUAGUAAGUAUCCCAGGCUGGGUGACCCGUGGCGCGGGCGCGUCCACGCACCACGAGUACGAGGUCCGCAUCCAGCUGGGCGCGUCGUGUCGCUGGCUGCUACUGCGGCGGUACAGGCGCUUCCGGGACCUGUACCUCACCAUGCGACGGGUUUACGGACCUAAGGUGGGGUCGAUCCCGUUCCCGGCGCGCACGCUGUGGGCGGGCGAGGCGGUGGCGCGCGCGCGGCGCGGCCAGCUGGAGCAGUUCCUGCGGCGCCUGCUGGCGGCGGCGGCGGCCGACGCGCGCUGCCCCUUCCGGGACCCCGACCGCCCGCUCACCAGGGACGCGCUCGUCAGCUUCUCGCCCUUCUUCCGGAAGGGCGUGUUCGAGAGCGGUAAGUGUGGUACAGGAUGA